UAAUGUAAGCCAAAAGAUUAGUUCUUGAUCCUUUUUGUUAUAGACAGUUUGGAAAAUAAGGAAGUUAAUAAAUUCUUUAUGAACGAGAGAAAUUUGUGGAAAAAGUGAAUGAAUUAUAUAAAAGUGAAGAUUUAAAGGAUGGGUAUCAAUAAUUGAUUAUAUUAGUUAUGCUCCAUUUUGUAAACAUAUAUUUAUAGAAAAUUUCACAGAGACACCAAAUUAUAUAUUGAAAAUAACAUAAGAAAAUGAGCAUUUAAUAAGGACAGCAUAUAAAGCAAGGAAUGAAAGAGAAGUAUAAAUAUUAAUUAAAUUAAAAAAGUUACCUGUAUUAACUAGAUUCAUUCCAGCAGAAUCUAUUUAAUUAUAGAAAGCGAAAUAUUUAGAUAUUAUUCUUUAUUCAAAAGAAUAAAUUACUAAAGAAAAUAAAUCAUAAGGAGUUGAGGAUAUUCAUGGUGCAAUUGAUUAUGAUUUUGGCAUAAUUUCAAUUAAACCAUAGGAUGAAAAUUCUGAAAUACCUAUGUUACCAAUUACAUCAAUGAGAAAUUCUUUAGGAACUAAAGAAGGAGGAUCAGGAGUAGAGAUAAAUAGAGAAGAGUAUUUAAAAUCUGUAGACUUUUGGUCAAAACAUAUAUUGGUUGAGUGAUA